AUGAACACUUCAGUCAACUCAUCGAGUGUUUUUGUUAGCGACAGAAAUGAAGUGUAUUUUGAUUCGUAUUCUACCGUUGGUGGCGUUAGUCGACUGGAACUCAAUUCAACACAUUCAGUCCAGCAGAUACAACAAUGUCAACAAUGUUUCGAUAUUUUUCUUGAUUCACACGAGAAUCUGUUCUGUUCCAUUACAGUUCGUCAUCAAGUUCUUUCGAGAUCAUUGGUUCACUCUUGGAAUCCAUUCAUCAUCGUUGCUGGCACGGCAUCGAAAGGUUCAACGGCAACAACACUGUCUAGUCCCAAAGGCAUUUUUGUUGAUCCAUCGAAUGGCGAUUUAUUCGUUGCUGAUUGUGGUAAUGAUCGAGUUCAACUAUUUCGAUCAGAAUCUCUAGUAGCUCAGACGGCUGUUGGAAACAAGACAGAAAAUGUUACUUACACUCUUAGUUGCCCUUCAAGCAUUAUUCUAGACGCGAAUAAGCUAUUGUUCAUUGUUGAUUCCAUCAACGAGAGAAUUAUUCGACAAACACCAAAUGGAUUCUCUUGCAUUCUUGGGUGUGGCAGUUCACCAAUGAGUCCUCCAACAACAAUCGCCUUUGAUUCACUUGGAAAUCUAUUUCUUGUUAAUCAAACUUCUCAUCAAUUGAUCAAAUUUCCGCUGAUCAACACAAAAUCUGCAGGAUGGGUGACGACGGGAAAUAUGAAUGUUCCACGAUGUCAACAUACAGCAACAAUGUUACCAGAUGGAAAGGUUUUAGUUACUGGUGGACAGAAUGGUGCUGGUUCUCUCAACAGUGUUGAGCUAUAUGAUCUCAGCACAGGUAACUGGACAACAGCAAAUAGUAUGAGUGUUGGACGUCAACUUCAUACAGCAACAACGUUAUCGAAUGGAAAGGUUUUAGUUACUGGCGGAUGGAAUAUUGCUACUCUGGACAGUACUGAGUUAUAUGAUCCAUCCACAGGUAACUGGACAACAGCAUAUAGUAUGAGUGAUGCACGAAUUGAACAUACAGCAACAAUGUUAUCAAACGGAAAGGUUUUAGUUACCGGCGGCCAAAAUGAUCGUGGUUAUCUUAACAGUGCUGAAAUAUAUGAUCCAUCCACAGAUAGUUGGACACCAGCUAACAAUAUGAGUAUUUCCCGAUAUCAGCAUACAGCAACAAUGUUAUCAAUCGGAAAGGUUUUAGUUACUGGAGGGCAGAAUGGUGGUUAUCUUACUAGUGCUGAAUCAUAUGAAUAA